CUUUGUGGAUGUUUCACGUGCUACGACAAUUCACCGUAUGUCGUACAUCACUCGCCUGUUUGCACUAUCUUUGCGUCGUUAUGCACGGCACUUGUGGUCUCAUUAAUCUGGUGGGCAACUAACGCUUGCCUUUUCCUAUUGGAUGCGCCGACAUCGCAACUCGAUUUGCUCCCAUCAAUCAUUCUAUACUUGGCGUACUCACGCUUGUGGCGACCGUGGGUCCAUAUGUAUCGCUGAAAUACGCCUUUCCGGUGGCGCACACGAUUCACGGUGACCGAUAUGUCCGCGCACGUCGAUUAACCGUCUGGCGGACUUUUUGCCUUGCUUGGGUUAAUCUGUUGCAUUGGACUGGACUACAAUCAAUCUAUGCCCUUUAAACGAUUUGAAUUAUGGCAACAUGGUUUCACCUUUGCGUAACAUGGAUGAUCGAAUGUAUCGCCUUCGCUGAUCCCGACGUUUUACUUACUUUCGUGUCGAACGUUUGGUGCCACCCCCGCACACUCGGUCAACUCUAAUCUACGCUGUCUCACCCGCGACUGACGCUUUGUCGCAUGUCAAAAAUAACUGACCAAUUGGAUAUACGCACUAUUGCGCCUUUCUGCCUUUUGCUGGUUCCAUGAUGCAAAAUGGGUCUAUCAAUGUUUUCGUUAUGGGUCCGAUUUACGGUAUAUAUUUAUUUCAACACCUUUGCGGGUUUCGAUUCUAUUUAUUUGACGGCAUCGCGGAUUCGGGCACACCUUUUUAUCACUUUUGCACUGAUUUCUCUUUGCACCCUCCCCUUCGCGGUUUCGGUGUUUCUUGGGUACGUCCCCGAACGUGUAUCGUCCUUUUGCCAUUUUCCAUGCGACUUCGGCGGGUCUGCGACGGUGACAAUUUCCUCCUUUGACGAUCGGACCUUACGAAUUUCUUCACGAUGAGGCGAUUAGCUUUUGAGUGCCCUUAUCCAGGCUGCGGAAGGCAGUUUAAUGUGUCGAGUAAUAUGCGGAGACAUUAUCGGAAUCAUUCGUCGCCUGCUGGGUUAGGACCUGGUGCAGGGCCUGGUAUGGGGAUGGGUAUACCAAUAGGAAUGGGAGUAGGGAUAGGGAUGCACGAACCGUUUGGCGCAAGGCCUCCUCCACCAGGUGUGCUUGGGUUACAUAUGGGAUCCGCGGGUUAUCCAGGACCGCAACACGCACAUAGGCAAGCGCAGGUACAGAUGGAGAGGGAGUUAGAGAGGGAGAGAAUUGAGAGAGAGAGGAUGGCGUUGCAGGGACAUCCGAGGGAUGGGUACCCUGUUGGACCUCCGAGUUCGUACCGUCCGCCACCACAAGCGCACCCGCACGCUCACCCACAUGCAAAUGGUGUACCGCUUGCUCCGCCACCGCAAGGCGCAAGGGUACCUGGACCGCCUGGGAUGCACCAUGGUGGACCGUAUGGAGGGUAUCCACCUGGGUUUGGGCCACGAGAAGCCGAGUUGGAGAGAAGAGAAAGGAUUGUAAGGAUGGAAAGGGAGAAUUGGGAGCUCCGUGAGAGAGAACGCGAACGGGAGCGUAUUGGGAGACUGGAGAGAAGAGAGCAGGAGAGAUUCCCUCCCGGAUACCCUUCACACCCGUCCCAAGCGUAUCAAGGCCGAGCGUAUGGACAGUAUUCUCCUCCGUUACGGGAGCGACAGCUUGAAUAUCGUAUGGGAGGUGAACCGGGAAGACCUGGCCCGCCUUACGGACCUCCACCUCCGCAAGGCUAUCAUGGUUCGCAUCCACCGCCUCUACACCAUGCGCAAUCGCAAGCUCCGCACCACCUUCAGUCGCAGCAACGUGUAGCUGGACCAGGAUCUGCACCGGGAAAUGCACCCGGACUUCGUCCAGCACAUUCAUUCUCACAUCCUCACACGUCCUCGCAUGCACAUCCUUAUACACGCUCCUCUCCUUCGCAUUCACAUUCUCGGUCGCGUGAACGAUAUAGUUCGGGAGGAGGAUCGCCCGUGAUGAGUCCUGCCAUGUCUACUGCGUCUUCACUUCCGGUACGUGGGUGGAGAGGACACGCGCAUACACAUAGUGCACCCGCGUUUGCGGGUCCUUCCCCCCAGCAAGUUGAGCUUCCUCCGCUCCCACCUCUACCAUCAUCGAUACGUUCGCCUUAUGAUAGAGAUGCCUCACUUCCUAUGGGUCAUGGUCACGGACGAAGUCAGUCGUACUCUUCAUCGAGUUCGCAUCCAGGACCGAUGGUAUUCGGACAUGCUCGUCCUGUGGACCCCUUGCGUGAGGAUGAAAGGAAUGAGAGAAGAUACAGACGCGAUUCGACGAUUGCAAGAACAGGACAUGAGAGUGAGCUCGAGGGGCGGGUGGACUCUUCUGCGUCCGAUUUUGAAGCGGAGGAAAAGCGAAUGAGUAGCGAUGUUGACAUGGGUGAUGCUGCUAUUUCGCGGAGCCUUCCUCCUGUAUCGGCGAUGGUACGGGAGGGUGCUGAAGGUGUAGGACGUCCUGGUGUCUCUGCGGGAAUGGUGCGGAGCCCACCUAUUCACUCGAUGUCACCUUCACUGCCUCAACGCACUCCACCUAUGCAUGCGAUGGAAUUACGUCGGCGAACGAGUCACCCACAAACUGUUCUUGCUUCCGGAUCUCCAUCAGUACGAGAGCGCGGAUACUCUCAGUCUCACUACUCGCACUCAAGGACUGGGUCGAGUUCAUCCUCGGGACAUGGACAUGGCUAUGCUUCACAUCCAUACGCACGCGCACGUCAUGCGCACAGUCGUUCCCGUGAGGCGGCGGUUAUAGCAGCUGAGAUGGUUUCACCGCGUCUUACUCAUAGUACAAGUGCUUCACUCUCGUCGUCGACUUCUCCGCGUGCUGGUGUACCGCCCCCAGUAAGUAACGCGUCUGUAGCAUCAAAAGCGUCUUCAGCAUCAGCAUCAGCGUCUGUAUCUCCCCGUGUGUCUGCAGUAUCAUCUCCUCGGCCCGUGCCGCUGCAGAGUGCAGCAGAAGCGGUUGUUCGGAAUCCGAUUCGGGAGGGAGGGGAAUUGGACUCGGACACUGAUGAGAGGAGAAAGAUUUCACCUGCUGUAUCGAGAUUCCCGGUGUAUACGUUCCCACCACCCGCUCCGCCGCCGGGAGUUGCGCUCGGUGCGGGUUCGUCACCCGUGGGUGGUGCGAGUACUCCCAUGGAGGUGGAGAAUUAGGGAGUUGAGAAAUGCUCUGGUUUCUGGUCGUUGAACGACCCUUACAUGCUUUUUGACCUACUAUCAAUUGGUCCGUUUGGUGGAGGUUGACCAAACCAUUCAUCUUUUGUGCCUAUCAGUUGAAGUUUUUCUGCAAUUUUUUUUAUUCCUUGCUGCGUGUCUGGACAGGUCUCGCGCAUGGCAGUUCUCUUCAGUAUGCAACCACGUUUCUUUCAUGCCUUAUCUCUGUCGGCAUCGCAUGCCGUUCAUCUUGCCCGGUGUUUUAUAAAUGUCUUUGCUUUUGAUUCGACUUGGCUUCUGUCCGCUGCUCGCGGAUGCUCGCGAAUGAUCAUCUCGAAGGAUCCUAUAGUAACGAUGCAUCCUGACUUGCUGACAAUCGUACAUACACAUCUACUCGCGUCUUCCCCUGUUUCUUUCUGUUUUCUCUUCGCUGUGUCCUUGAUCUAUUUCUUUUCAUUGCUUGAUUGAUUGACUCCUUUCUUAUACAUGCCAAUAAUGCCUACGAUAGGCUGGGCUAAUUCAUUGUGCCUAUAGAGUUUUUUCGCUGCUGAUCCAUGUCGCCUAUCCACACUCACUUUCUUUCUUAUCUCUUGCCACAUGCAAAGUACUAGUAGCUGUAUUCGGCCAGAUUUCGUAGUACUGGUUAGUGUAAGUACUCGAUGCCGAACAAACUACAGAACGUAAAAUAACGUUGUAUCAUUAGUCGACCUUUUUUUUACCUCCGCUCUCGUAUUCAUAUUAUUUCAUUUUACUACCUCUUGCACUCUUUUUAUUUGGGCUCAUUGUUGGUCUACAGUCGAUCCUUUGGUUCCUAUUCACCUACGUACCUACCUAUCUC